GGAGCUCAGGACUGUAGUGGCCACGGUGGAAAACGGGGAGCAAGAUGCGGUCCUCAAGGUGCUUCAGAUCUACAACCAGGAGCUCACAGGAGCCUGCAAAGAAGCUCUGGAAAUGCCCUGUGCAGGAAAUCAGUCUGGCUAACGUUCUGACUUGAGAAGAUUCACUGGCACAAGGAGAAGCUCCGCUCUGCAUGGAGUUGGGGAUGCUGUAGGAGCAAAGAACAAGGAUUUGUUUGCAAGUAGCAAGGAGGGAUGAAAGAGAAGGAAAGCAACUUAGACCUGGCAGCAUGGGCUGUAUGUGUGCUUUUCAAACAAGUUUCAUUCCUGCUUGUGGUGAGAUGUAGUUGGAGUUACUGGAUGCAAACUGUGUUGAACAGAGAAGGCAAUAAUGAAGCAAAACUCUCAGCAGCAAAAAAACUGUCCUUAUGUCUGGCUCCUCAGGAGCCUGUGCUGCUUGUUACAAAUCCUGUGAAUACUGCAGACCUUUCUCAGUCCUCUGACACCUUGCCUCUUUGAUUCCCUGCCUCUGAGCUGAAAUCUCAGUGCUUCACCUUUGAUGAUGAGGAACGGGAGGAGAGGAAGAAAAUGGCCCAGUUGCUGAUCAAGUUCCUGGAAAGAGAGCUCCAGCCAUCCUGCCAGGUCACGUGCUUGGAAAGCAUCCGCAUCCUGUCCCGGGACAAAUACUGCCUUGAGCCUUUCACCACCAAGGAAGGGCUGAAGACCCUCUCCAGGCAUGCUGGCAUUGACUACUCAGAGGAGAUCAUCCGAGAGGUCCCAGACUUGGAGGUCAUCCUGGAAUCCCUCAAAUGCCUCUGCAACGUUGUCUUCAGCAGCCCGAGGGCACAGGAGCUGACAGCUGAAGCUCGGCUGGUGGUGGGCCUGACAAAGCGCGUCAAACUCUACAAUGAGAGGAGCCUUCCUCAUGAAGUCAAGUUCUUUGACCUGCGUCUUCUCUUCCUGCUGACAGCGCUGAGAGUGGACAUCCGACAGCAGCUAGCCCAGGAGCUCCGGGGCAUCAGCCUGAUGACAGACACCCUGGAGCUGACUCUUGGCGUCAAGUGGAUGGACCCCUAUGAAGUUGUCACUGAGGAAGGACUGCUUCCACCUUUGCCUCGGCAAGAGACGGAGCGAGCCAUGGAAAUCCUGAAAGUGCUCUUCAAUAUCACUUUUGAUUCCAGCAAGAGGGAAGUGGAUGAGGAAGAUGCUGCUUUGUACCGGCACUUGGGUGCCCUCCUGCGCCACUGCCUCAUGAUCUCUGCUGACGGGGAGGACCGGACAGAGGAGUUCCACAGCCACACAGUUAAUCUUUUGGGUAACCUGCCCCUGAAAUGUCUGGAUGUUCUCCUGACCCCAAAAGUCCGUCCGGGAUCACUGGAGUACAUGGGUGUCAACAUGGAUGCGGUUAAUAUCCUGCUGGAUUUCCUAGAACGACGCCUUGACAGGGGACAUAAGCUGAAGGAGAGCUUGACCCCUGUGCUGAACCUGCUGACUGAGAGUGCCAGAGUCCACCGCCAGACAAGGAAGUUCCUGAAGGCAAAGGUGCUGCCUCCGCUGCGGGAUGUGAAAAAUCGUCCGGAGGUGGGGAACUCGCUGCGGAACAAGCUGGUGCGUUUGAUGACCCACAUCGACACCGACGUGAAGCACUGUGCAGCUGAAUUCCUCUUCGUGCUCUGCAAGGAGAGCGUGUCGCGGUUCGUGAAGUACACAGGCUACGGGAAUGCAGCUGGGCUCCUGGCAGCACGAGGCCUGAUGGCUGGUGGCCGGGAGGAGGGAGAGUACUCGGAAGACGAGGACACUGACACAGAGGAGUACAAAGAGGCAAAGCCCAACAUUAAUCCUGUGACGGGACGUGUUGAGGAGAAACUUCCCAACCCCAUGGAAGGGAUGACUGAAGAGCAGAAGGAAUACGAAGCCAUGAAGUUAGUCAAUAUGUUUGACAAGUUGUCCAGAGAGCAAGUCAUCCAACCCAUGGGCAUCACGCCGAGUGGCAACCUGGCCCCCAUGGAGAAUGCCAUCCAUGAUAUAGCUGAUGAGAGGUCCUCUUCUGACUCGGACCUGGGGCUGGACUGAUCCUGACCUCUUGCCCCAGCCUCAGAGAGCUGGGCGGCCUCCACCCACUCUCGUCCAGAACUGGUGCUGCACCUGGAGGCUAGUACCAGACCGGGACUCUCCCCAUGGGAUCUGAAUCCAGCCUGGGCCCCUCACACUUCGCAACGAAGAACCUCCAGCCUCCUUCUCAGCUCUGUAACCACCUCUCCUUCUGGAAGGUCAUCAUGGCCUGGCUCCACUUGGUCUCUUCCAUUGGCAGCUUUGAGAAUAUCAGACUCCCAAUUGCUUCCAGGACUUUUCAGUAGGAUUUUUUUUUUUUUUUUUUUUAAAUGUAUGAUGUUUGGGGGAGGGAAAAGAGUCAGGGGAAUCUUUCUGUCAGGUCAUCGUGCUGAUAUUUAUGUGGCUGUGUAUCAGCGUGUGUGUCCCCAUGUAUGGUCAGCCCUGCACAGGGGAGCUGUUCUCCAGGAAUGCAGGUGGGACUGCAGACAAGAGUGGGUGUUGCAGGGAAUACAGCCUGUGGGAUGCCUCAGCAUAGUGCACCCUUGUCAUGAGCAGUACGUGCGGAUGUGCUGCAUGUGGCAGUAAGCAUUAUGACAUCUGUGCAAACAAGAUUGUGUGGAUGUAUAUGAGUGCUGUGGGGAGCAUGGUGUGUGUGCUUUGGGGCAGGCAGGAGGGGGGGGACUUUGAGACACUUCUGUCGUCUGCAGGAAAGGAACUUGUGACGACUGCCGGAAAUGCUCUGAUAUUUUGUCUGUGGUACUGUGCAACCUCCUGUUACCACAGAGAUUAGUUAGCAGUGCUCUUACCCUUCCCCAUCUUACACUGAUUGAAAGAUUGGAAUAGGGUCUGUGUGUGCUGGCCUCCUCACCUGCCUCAGCUUUCCCACAGAUUUGCUGCUGUUUGCACCCAGGGGCUGCUAUUGGUCCUCUGCUAUGGCUUACAUUUCUUUUUAUGUAUUUUUUUUUUCCUUUUUAAAGAAAAUCUAGUUUGUCUUGUACCAGGAGUUCCAAAAUGUAACUAACAAGUAGGAAUGCAAAUGUGAUGCUAGAAUAAAGAAAACCUUCUGACAAA